AUGUCCGUCUUCGCGGAUAGCCUUCAAUCGCCGGAGGAAGGCGGCACUCCAUCUCCUGACAGGUGCGCGGAGCAUCAACAUCAAUAUCGCAUCUUUUCCUCUUCCUCCGAUCCCCUGACCUCUCCUCGUUCUCCCCGCAGCGACAACGGGACGGCGGCCGAGCGACUCACAGACGACCUCCUCCUGGAGAUCCUCUCGCGCGUCCCCGCCAAGUCGCUCUGCCGCUUCAAAUGCGUCUCCAGCCACUGGCUGGGCCUCAUCGACCACCCCGACCACCGCAAGAAUCUCCCGCAAACCCUGGCCGGGUUCUUCUACACCAGAAGCACCGUCGAUGAAUGGGUCAGGGGCCUGGAAUCGCCGGUCCACUUCGCCAGCGUCUCGGGUAGACGCCGCGAAACCUCUUUCGCCUUCCUGUCCAACCGCCACCCGCGGUUGGAUCUACUGCACUGCUGCAACGGCCUCCUCCUCGGCUGCUGGUACGACGCCUCCAACCAAGGCAACGAGUUCGGAUACGUCGUCUUCAAUCCCGCCAACGAGAAAUGGGUUGCUCUACCGAGCUCCGACCACAGCGAGUUUAUCAGACCACGUUUGGGCUUCGACCCAGCCUUCUCGCCCCAUUUCCACGUGUUUGAGUGGGUGGACGAGCAGGAUUUUGAGUGGGAGUCCGACGAGCGGGAAGAUCCUGACCUUGCCGGAGUGGCGGUGUACUCGUCUGAAACCGGUGAAUGGGCCUAUAAGGAGAAGACAUGGAACCAACAUAUCAGGCUCACCGAUGAUCCAGCAACCGUGUUUCUUAACGGGUAUCUGCAUUUUCUCGCCGAUGACCAAGAGUUAUCCGAUUGUCUAGCUGUGCGGUCACAGGGCCGCUUGAACUAUGCCAAUUUCCGGAGAGAUGAAGAUGGUGCUGCCCUUCGGCUAGCAGUUUAUGUUCUUGAGAACUAUCAAAGCAGAGAAUGGAUAUUAACGCACAGCGUUGAAACUUCAUACCUAUUUGGAGGGGUAGAUGUUCAGCUUGAUGUGGACUUUUGUUGGAUUGCGAUUCAUCCGGACUGCAACUUGGUGUUCUUCACCGUGGGGUGUGAUAACACAUUAGUGUGCUAUAACAUGGAUCGCCGGCAAGUCAAAGUGAUCUCCAAUCUUGAAGGUGGCAACUGGCGCUAUCUGCCAUAUGUGCCAUCGUACGCAGAGUUACAAUUGUCGCACCCUUGA